AUGAGGGAAAAUCAUUGUAUGGAGAUUAGGCUUUUCCCGAGAGACAACGCUCAAUCCACAGAGAUCCGUGAACAACAAAGAAUCGCACACCUGCCAAGACCAAACUGCAGCACCAAAAUGGCCCCCAGCGCCGUGCCACCCGAGAGCGCUCCCGUCGCCGAGAGCUACUGGUCGCGGCUCAAAAACGUCGUGACGGGCAACACGGCCGGGCCCAAGCUCCCGGAGCUGAGCAGCAGCCACGCCGCCUAUGCCGCCAGCGACAACAACACAUCGGACCAUACCGACCCGCAGCAGCAGCAGCAGCACACCCCAAUCGCAAUAGUGGGCAUGGCAUGCCGCAUGCCGGGUGCCGUGUCCUCGCCCGCCGAGUUCUGGGAGCUCCUCACCCGCUGCAGGACCGGCUUCGGGCCCAUCCCGGCAGCGACGCGCUUCGACCCAGCCGCGUUCAACCAUCCCGUGCCGGGACGGGGCGGCUGCUUCACGCCCGCGGGCGGCAACUUUCUGCAGUGCGACGUGCGGGCGUUCGACGCGCCGUUUUUCGGCCUGACGGAGAAGGAGGCCGUCGCGCUGGAUCCGCAGCAGCGGCUGCUCCUGGAGUGCACGUUCGAGGCGCUCGAGAACGCCGGCAUCCCGAGGCAUACGAUCGUGGGCAGGGACGUCGGCGUGUUUGUAGGCGGCUCGUUUCCGGAAUACGAGAGCCACCUGUUCAAGGACAGCGAUGCCAUCCCCAUGCACCAGGCCACGGGGUGCGCGUACGCCAUGCAGUCGAAUCGCAUCUCGCACUUUUUCGACCUCAGAGGUCCCAGUUUCACGUCGGACACGGCUUGCUCGUCCAGCAUGGUCGCCGUGCAUCUGGCAUGCCAGAGUCUGCGGGCCGGGGAGUCGAGCGUGGCGCUUGUUGGGGGUUGUCACCUCAACAUGCUUCCCGAGUUUUGGAUCUCGUUUUCCACAUCGAGACUCCUCUCCGACACAGGCCGGUCGAUAUCCUUCGACAACCGCGGCACGGGCUUCGGGCGCGGCGAGGGCUGCGCCAUGAUGGUUCUGAAACCUCUCGACCGGGCGGUGCGCGACAAGGACGCGAUCCGCGCCGUCAUCGUCGGCACGGGCAUCAACCAAGACGGUCGCACGGCGGGCAUCACCACGCCCAACGGCGCGGCGCAGGAGGCGCUGAUCCAGCAAGUGUACCGCAGGUUCGGGCUCAGCCGGCGCGAGUGCGGCUUCGUCGAGGCGCACGGCACCGGCACGCGCGUCGGCGACCCCAUCGAGGCGAGGGCCAUCUACAACGCGCUGGGCAAGGGGAGGGCGCGCCGCGAUCCGCUGCUGAUCGGGUCCGUCAAGUCCAACAUUGGGCAUCUGGAGGGCGCGUCGGGCAUGGCUGCGUUGCUCAAGGCGGUGCUGAUGAUGGAGAGGGGGUUUGUGCUGCCCAACUUCGACUUCAAGGAGCCAAACCCAAAGAUACAGUGGAAGGAGUGGAACCUCCGCGUCCCUACCAUGCAGAUCCCGUUUCCGCGCGACAAAAAGUACAUCAGCAUCAACAACUUUGGGUUCGGCGGCACCAACGGUCAUGUCGUCAUCCAGGCUGCUCCUUACACCGCCAAAGAGGAGCCCUCCAACGCGCCAGAGAAGAAGCAGCAUGGGGUAUUUGUCUUUACUGCCAACGACAAAGAAUCGCUGGCCGCCGUGAUGCAGGGCGUCGUCGUCUAUCUGGAGCGGCGGCCCGAGGUGUUUGAGGGAGCACUCAUGCGCAAUCUCGCCUACACGCUCGGCCAGCGUCGGUCGCUCCUCCAGUGGCGGGCAGCAAUCCACUCAAAACACUCCCUGGAGCUGAUCGAUGACCUGAACAACCAGCGGGCCGUGAUCCGCCGAGAGCCAGAAGCCGUCCGUCUAGGGUUUGUUUUCACGGGGCAGGGUGCGCAGUGGUGGGCAAUGGGCCGAGAGCUUUACGACCAGUAUCCAGUGUUCACUGCCAGCAUCGAUAAGGCGGAUGAUUGUCUAGCAGAUCUGGGGGCCGCGUGGUCGCUGGUGGAUGAACUCGCAAGGGAUGAAGAAACCACGCGCGUUGGCGAAGCGCACAUCAGCCAGCCGGCUUGCACUGCCAUUCAACUUGCACUUGUCGACCUCCUGCGUAGAUGGGGUGUCUAUCCGACAGCAGUGGCGGGGCAUUCGAGUGGAGAGAUCGCGGCAGCCUACUCGGCGGGCAUCAUUACAUUCGAAUCAGCCAUGACGAUUGCGUAUCACAGGGGCCGCCUGAUACCGAUACUCAAACAGCAGCAUCCGGCACUCCAGGGGCGCAUGAUGGCGGUAGGAGGUAACAAAGAUGACGUUCAGGCCUUGAUCGAUGGCCUACACGAGAAUCAGGUGCGGAUUGCUUGCUUCAACAGCCCGUCGAGCUUGACCAUAUCUGGCGACGAACCUGCCCUGGCCGAGCUCGAGAAGCUGGUUGAGAUCAGGCAAAUGUUCCACAGACGGCUCAUGGUCGACGUGGCCUAUCACUCUCACCACAUGGACCUGGUUUCCCAAGACUACCAAGUGGCUUUGACACAUCUGCCAGAGCCAAGCCGUUCAGCAGGGAUCAAGUUCUACUCAUCUCUGUACGGACGCCUGGCGGAAGCCUCCGAGCUGCAGGCCAAAUACUGGGUCGAGAACUUGACCUGCCCAGUGCGGUUUAGCGAUGCCAUGGAAAGCAUGCUGAAGCCGUCAGACACUAUGAAAACGGGCGUCACCUCUGUGGUAGAGCUCGGUCCUCACUCUGCACUGCAGGGCCCCAUCAAGCAGAUACUAAAGGCCGUCGGCGGAGCAGCCACCGGCGUCACGUACGACUCGGCUCUUGUCCGAAAGAAGGACGCCGUCGGGACCUUGAUGGACCUCGGCGUGUCUCUGUUCACAAAGGGCGUGAACCUUGACUUUGAAGCAGUCAACUUCCCCAAGCCUGACAAGGAGCCAACUCUACUGACAGAUCUGCCCAAUUACCCCUGGAACCACCGGACAAAAUACUGGCAGGAGUCACGCAUGACGACACGGCAUAAGCAACGGCCCCAUGCAAGAAGCGACCUCCUGGGCGUCGAGGCCAUCUACUCUACCGAGAUGGAGCCGACCUGGAGAAACAUACUGCGAAUCGACGAUGUCCCGUGGCUGCGCCAGCACAGAAUUCAGGGCAUGGUCAUGUAUCCAUUAGCCGCCUUUGUUGUCAUGGCUUUGGAGGCCAUGGCUCAGAUAGCAGCAUUACGGAACCGGCAGGUUGGUAAUCUCGAGGUGCGGGACGUGAUCAUCGUGAGGCCGCUGGUUGUCGGCGAUGCCGAUAUCGAGAUCAGCACGACUCUGCGCUCGGUUCAAGAUGGCGGAGAGGUUCUUGUUAAUUCCUGGACCAGAUUCCGGAUUUCUUCCUACUCUCCAGAUAUAGGUUGGACCGACCACUGCACUGGGCUCGUCUCGGCCCGGCCCAAAGAGAUCAACGAGGUAGAUGAAGAUCGCGAGGCAAGAAAUCGAGAAGAAGAGUUGCAAUCCAUCAUAAAUGCACUGGAGGGCCCCGGGGCUAGCCCUGUCCAAACAAGUUCCAUGUAUUCCAAAAUGGCAAAAGCUGGCAUUGACCUUGGGCCGUUGUUUCAAGGCAUGCACGACUGCAAGGCAAGCGAGACACACUGUUCGGGGAGCAUCACCAUACCCAAUGCUGCAAAGGAGAUGCCCCAGGAAGUCCUAGCAUCUCCGAUUAUACACCCAUGCCUUCUCGAGUCGUUGAUAGGCAUGUACUGGCCAAUCGUGGCAUCUGGAGACGCCAAAGUCAAGGCUAUUCAUCUGCCAUCAUCGCUCGGCAACAUGUCCAUCGCCGCAGAUGCUAUCGACAUUUGCAAAGAGCCAGGUCACUUAUUGUUGGCUUAUUCUCAAGCCAGCCCUCCAACUGGGCUUUCAAGGCCACUGAGAGUCAACGCGUUCGCCACUAGUAGCACCGACCGAAAGCGAGCCUUGAUAACGAUAGAAGAUCUUGUCGUUUCGCCAAUCGUUGACAAUGGAGCGCAAGGAGCCACGUCCGCCCCUCGAGAGCUCUGUUACAAGAUCAAUUGGGAGCCCGUCUCGGACGCGCUUGAGCUCGCUGCUUCCGGCACCCAUAGUCAAGCGGCGACAAACGGAGAAACUAUCCCAAGCCGGUUCCCAACACUGCCGGUCGCGAUUGUCACUGACAAGUCUGAACUGCAAAACACCAUUGUCCCUGCGCUGAAGAAAGACAUCGAAGGGAUAACAGGCAGCACUGCUUCCGUCUGUAGCCUGGAGGACCUUAAGCCAGAGGGAAAGACUCUCAUCAUGCUCUGCGACCUAAACGAACCAAUGCUUUCAAAAAUGUCAGAAGCAAAGUUCAACCUUCUCAGGGAUGCGCUGACCAAGGCCGCUGGCUGUCUUUGGGUCGUCCGAGGCGCUUAUGCAAACUCGACCAACCCUGAAGCCAACAUGAUCUUGGGAUUGAGCAGAACCGUACGGUCCGAGACUGCUAUGAAGUUCGCGACCCUAGAUCUCGACGGAGAACAGCAGAUUUCGGCCGAGCUGGCAGCUGCAGCGGUUCUCCAGGUGUUUGAGCGUGCUUUUGGCAUUGCAUCAACCGCCACGUCUGAGCUCGAGUUCAUGGAGCGGGGAGGUCGACUGUACACCCCAAGGGUGGUCAAUGAUGAGGACAUGAAUGCAUAUGUCCAUCGCGAGACGUGUCCACCCGUCUUAGAGGACACUUUGUUCGCAAGCAGUGACCGGCCUUUGAAACUGGCAUUUACACCGCCAGCCUCAAUCGAAUCUCUUCAUUUCGUGGAUAGUUCUGUGAUUGGGACACUGGCUGAGGACGAUGUCGAGAUCGAGGUGAAAGCCAUCGGGAUGAGCUCCAGGGACAUCAUGGCGGUCAAAGGCCAGAUUGAGGACGAGCCCGGCUACGAAAUCGGUGGUAUUGUUUCCGCCGUUGGCUCGUGCUGCGUACAUGUUGAGGUUGGGGAUCAUGUGUGCGCCUUGGUUAGAGGUGGUUACGCCUCUAGGGUGCAAACAAAAGAAACGAUGGUUAUGCGGGUUCCAAAGACGGUUUCUUUGGAGAAAAUUGCUUGUGUGCCACUGAUUUAUUGCACGGCAUACUACGGCCUUGUUGAUUUAGGGCGCUUCGAACAGGGAGAAAGCCUCAUGAUACACGGCGCCGCCAGCCCUGUUGGCCAAGCAGCCGUUUUCCUGGCGCAAGAGCAUGGUGCCAAUCUGUUUGCCACUGUCAGCAGCUCACACGAGAAAGAGCUGCUGAUGAAGGAAUACGGAAUCUCCGAGAAACGGAUAUUUAGCAAUAAGAUCAGCGGACUUGGCUCCAAAAUCCGAGCGGUGACAUGCGGUCGGGGCGUCGAUAUCGUGUUGGAUUCUGCAGCAGACGAUGCCGUGACGGAAACAAUGGACUGCUUGGCCGAGUUUGGUAGAUUCGUGAAUCUCAGCAACAGAGACAGCGGUCGAGGAGCGCGAUGGGAUAUGAUGGAGAGACACAAGAGCUUGAGUUACACCUCAGUCGACAUUUUCGCCCUGGCCCACCACAAGCCUUCCGUUAUCGGGCGUGUUUUCCGAAAGCUUGGUAAGCUCCUUGAGUCUGGGGCAAUACAUCCACCUGUGCCCAUCCACGCAUUUGGGAUCUCGGAUAUAGAAAACGCGUUCAAGGCCCUGCAAAGCGGCCGAUUGCUGGGAAGGCUUGUCGUGGUAGCAAAUGCGGGAGAUGAAGUCAAGGCAACUCGAUCACAGCGUGCAAGCAGCUUGCUCAGACCAGAUGCCACUUACGUCCUAGUCGGUGGUACAGGGGGCCUCGGUCGGAGCAUGACGCGGUGGAUGUUGACCAAUGGAGCUCGGCACAUUGCUUUAGUUUCGAGAAGCGGCGCAAUAUCCGACAAGAUCACUGAGAUCAUCGAUGAAGGCACCAAGUGUGGAGCAGAGAUAGUCGUGCGCAGGUGCAAUGUGGCUAUCGAGGCCGAAGUGGAAUCGUUAAUCUCCAACGGCCUGCAAGGGAUGCCCACCAUCCGUGGGGUUGUUCAUGGAACCAUGGUUCUUCGGGACGUUCUGUUCGAGAACAUGACAUGGGAAGACUACACCACAGUCAUUGAAGGCAAAGUCCAAGGUGCAUGGAACCUCCACCACGCGCUCAAAGACAUCCCACUGGAUUUUUUCGUAGCACUGUCCUCAGCCGCAGGCAUGGUCGGCAACAGGGGCCAGGCGGCCUACGCGGCAGCCAACUGCUUCCUGACAGCCCUAGUCCAGUACCGCCUGUCUCGCGGACUCCCUGCGUCGGCUUUGGACCUAACCAUGGUGACCGACUCGGGUUACCUCGCCGAAAACGAAGAAAAGCUGGCCCAGGUGACCAGAAACCUAGGCAGCGACGGCAUCAGCGAGUGCGAAGUCUUAGCGCUCCUCCGAGCGGCCAUCAGCGGCCGGCUCGCCGAGACGUGCAACAACCACACUGUAACGGGCAUGCGCAUAAGCCCCUCGAUGCAGCCGUUUUGGACGUCGGACGCCAAGUUCAAGCAUCUGCGGCUGGCGAUGGAGGCUCAGCUCGACCAAUCAGAAACGUCGACCGGCAUGGAUGUUAUGAUAUCGUUCGGGUCGGCGUUAAAAGCAGCAAAAACGGCCAAGGAGGCAGAAGCAGUGGUUUGUGCUGGGCUUGUGAACAAGAUCUCGUCUGUGUUAAUGUUGGAGGCAGAAGACAUGGACGUGACGCGGUCGUUGACGCACUACCAUCUUGACUCGCUCGUCGCAAUAGAAAUUCGAAACUUUAUAGCGCGCGAGUUCGAAGCCAGCCUGCAAGUUAUGGAGCUGCUGGCCAGCGGAUCAAUCGUGUCGCUGGCUAAGUUGGUCUGUGGAAAGAGCAAACUAGUUUCAGGGUAG